UACAAAACAAUGAAUCCGAAAUUGCGUGAUAGCAACGUCACUGUUUUGAUUUACUGAUUAACAACAAUAAACUAAUUCAGAAAUAGUUCUGUUUUUGUUAAUUUAAUUCGCUCUCAAAUUACGUCGAAACAAAGAACGCCUUCAAGUGAAAUGUUCGUGUGUUUUUAAAACUUUUUUGGGUGUGCCGCGUGACUGACGCUAGGAAUGCAAAACUGAAAGAGCUUUACUUAGACAAUGAGCAACAGUAGCCUAUCUGUGACCACUGACCAGCGAUUUGUGAAAGAAAUAGACUUGCAAUUAGCAGCUGUAUGCCAAGGUCAGUGGUGUCCAAACUUGGUCCUGGAGGGCCACUGUCCUGCAAAGUACUAGGUUUGUUUGCCAAAGAAUGGAUAUGUCUACAUGAUGCUUGUGGAAAUACAACCUGCACAAGAUCUGCUUUUUGAACUACCAUCUUCUUGUCUCUCAGUUUUCAACAAAAUCCUCCCAUACUGUUAAAUGUUAAGGCACCCAUCAGACUAUACAACUAAUGACACAGAAAAUGUGAAGGCUGAGGAAAUGUUUCCUCAAUGUUCACAUUAACUGACUAAACUCCACUGAGAUUUAUGUGACAUGCUCACUUUAAGGAUUACUAUUCUAAUUACUGUCAUUGUUCCUCUUAACUAUGAACUUUGCUUCUGUGGAUGUGCUCAUGCUGAAUAUGAAAUAGAGGGGCAAUGUUGCCCGAUGUGUGCACCUGGAAAUCGUGUUGUUUGGCACUGCACAGAUGACACCAGCACUACUUGUGUUCCAUGCCCUGAAUUCACUUACAUUGAUGAACCCAGCGGCUUCACAAAAUGCUUUACUUGUACUGUGUGUGAUGAUGGCCAAGGGUUAAGACUGAAUAAAGCAUGUACUCGGUCAUCAGAUACUGUUUGUGGGCCGCUGGAAGGAUUCUACUGCACUGAACAAAAUAAAGGCAGCUGUAGAUUCACUGUGAAACACUCUGAAUGCAGACCAGGACAAUAUAUCCAACAAGCAGGAACUGGCUCCACAGAUACAGUAUGUGCUGACUGUAAAGGUGACACAUAUUCAAACGGCUCUUUUUCGUCCUGUUUAACACACACAAAAUGUGAAGCAUUGGGACUUACUGAAACAAAUCCAGGAACAAAAUCAUCUGACAGUGAAUGUGGAAAAGCCCCUACUGCUUUAGCGAUCAUUAUUUCUAGUGUUAUAGUUACUUUAAUAUUAAUUACAGUAGUGAGUGUUUUUACAAUUAUACGUAUUCGAAAGAAGAAACAUUCUAAACAUUCAGGAAUACAGGAAACAGGAAAUUAUUUAAAUGAAAAAGUCAGUACAAAAGUUGUUGGUGGCCGGAAAAAUGCUGAGACAUUCAGAUCGGAAGAACAAUACUUACAAAAUGUGAAUGACUGCAGUUCCCAGACUACUCAGCAAGAAUCAUGCCUGAAGUCAAGCUGCUAGAGCCACAAACAAACUGAGUGGCACCGAGGGGCAGCAUCAGCGGUACGCAGAGAAGGAGACCAGAGGCCGUUUUUUGAAUGGAUGUCAAUGCAUGAGAGGCUUCACUAUGCUGAUUAAACAGCUUUUGUGGGGAAAUAGCUAAUCAUUUAACUAACUGACAGCCUGUUUGCUAAUACUUUUGUUGGGAACUAUAUUACUUUAGCUUCAUAAAAAUGUAUCAUUUCAAGAGAAUGCAGACUUGGCAGUGUUGCGACUGAUGUCACUGCCAUUACACGAUAGACUGGGAGGUGCUGCACGUGAUUAAGUUAGUCAUUACACUUUCUCCAGUGGUAACUCUGCUUAUAAUAAUAUGAUCUCUGAUUAAACUGAGUUGUAGCAGAUUUCAAGUUCCCAGGAUGCUUUACAUCACACUCUGUAAGGGAAAAUUAAUGUUGAAAUUGAGUGUUAUUUUGUCUGUUUUUCACUAAAUGAAUACAGGGAAAGAUGUGUUAUUGUUUAAUGUUCUGUUGUUCUGUUAUUCUGCUCCCAGCUCAUUUAGCAACAACAUGGAACACUUUUUAACAGAAACACUAUAUUCAAUUUUGCACAAUUAUUAUUAUUAUUAUUUUUGAUUACUUAUGUAUUCAUUUCGCAUUAUAUUAAAGUAGCCUUUUUUUAAAUCACAAAGUGAGUGCUUACUUACAAUUUGUGUGUUAGUGUUUUCAUU